ACGGAAACCCUCCAAGAAAAAGUGGUCCCAGACGCGUGUGCCUGAGGAUUCUGCACAAAAGAGGUGCCCAAAAUGAAGACCCUGGCGCGCCCGGGGCUGGCAGUGUGUUUUGCGCUCACCAGCACGUGCACCAGCUUGUCGCUCGUGUACAGCAGCCUUGGCGGCCAGAAGCAGCAGCCGCCGCAGCAGCAGCCGGCAGCGGCGACCCGCAGCGCGCAGCGGUCCGCAGAGAGCAGCCCCCUGCCGCGCCCCGAGGCCCCCACGCGACCGCGGUCACUGCACGGAUACCCUGGCGUGGCGGACCACAAGGGAGAUCUCCAACACUUGGCUCAGCACUGGCCGGUUCACAAUGACAAUUGCCCUGGAGCUCUGAGACAGGACCAAUGUUUAUGGCAUGGAGCCCCAAGACUUCUACAGGGAUCCCAAUCACCCUUCAGUACCUUAUCACGAUUACGAACCUUUUGGACCUGAUGAAUGUGCAAUGUACCUCUCCCGUGAGCGAGGAUGGAAGGGUACUCAUCACCGCUCUAUCACAGAGAAACGAGCCUUUGAGAACUGGGCACAGACAUUCAAUUUUCACUUUUUUCAACCUGACCGGAAACCAGAAUCGCUUGCUAGAAGUCAUCCUGAGAAUAAACCUGUGUUCUGAGGAAAGUGUGUGGCCAGACUGAAAUCCCAAGUAUCCUCUGUCUCAGACAUCGGGCCCUUGAACUUCCUGAACCACCAGACAGGAAAGAGGAACAGAAUUGGUCGCAGGGAUAGCUUCACUCCUCAAGAAGUGCCAUGUACAGAGGCCUCUGAGGCCUGACUACGAAGCAGUGCAGUUGGUUUACAAGGGAAAAAUUCCAGAACUAAUACACCCUGAUGAGUGCUGUCCCUUUCAAGAGGGGUUACCUUAGGACCUGAACACUCAUUUCAAUGAUGCCGCCAUGGAUGAAAACAUUUUGGAUCUCUUUAAGUAUUGCCUUUGAAACUGAGACAUGAGCGAAUCAACAUUAGUUAUAUUCCUUUGUAGAAAUAUCACGUUAAGAGUCAUUUUUCUAUCAAAUUGUAUCCUAACCUGAACCUUUGUCAUCUGUCGAACUCUGUGUGGUUUGUAAAAAGCAGCCUUGAAAGUAUGGACAUGAUUUCUGAAGAGUACAUCUUUACUAAAACUGAAAAUAGAAUUACCUUAUGACCCAGCAAUCCCACUCCUGGGCAUAUACUCAGAGAAAAGACAUAUGCACCCCAAUGUUUAUUGUAGCACUGUUUACAAUAUCCAGGUCAUGGAAGCAAACUAAAUGCCCAUU